AUGAAAUCCUUCAGCAUUCUCGCGACGGCGGUAGCAGCCUUUGCUGGUAUCGCUACAGCUCAGAUUGGACCUCUCGACGACAACGGCCGACCAACAAAUUACACGGCUUACAACUUCACGCAGCUUAUUGACCACUUCCAACAUAGCUCCCGAUAUAAACCCAACACGAAUGGUACAUUCACACAAAGAUAUUGGUUUGACCCGACAUAUUACAAACCAGGCGGCCCUGUGUUUUUGUACAUUGCAGGCGAAGUCAAUGGAGUUUCGCGGUUUAGCAACCUCCAGACUGGUAUUGUUCAGAUCCUGAUGAACGCAACAAAUGGCCUGGGCGUCAUUCUCGAGAACAGAUACUAUGGCGAGAGCUGGCCAUUCGAAAACUCAAGCACUGACAAUCUGCGAUACCUUACCACGGAGCAGACCAUCGCCGAUAACGCUUACUUUGCACAACAUGCUACGUUCGCCAAUGUCUCAGGCGGGGACAAUCUCACAGCACCAGGAACACCUUGGAUCUUGUACGGCGGCAGUCUCGCGGGCGCUCAAACUGCCUUUUCUCUUGUUCAGUACCCCGACUUGCUUUGGGGCGGCAUCGCAGCAUCGGGCGUUGUACAUGCCGUCCUCGGUUAUCCUGAAUGGUACAACCCCAUCCAGAAAAAUGGGCCUCAAGAUUGCAUCACGCGGAUAAACAAAAUCAUUGACAAGAUAGAUCACUUGAUUCAGACGAAAAACUCCAAAGCCAUCCAACAGUUGAAGGAAAUUUUCGGCCUUGGAUCUUUGAGUAGUCUUGGAGACUUUGCGAUGACAAUUGCCUUUCCACUGGGAGGCCCGAUGAACUAUCCAACAAAUACUUGGCAAGAACUGAACUGGUAUCCUGGCUACGACCAUCCUGAUUUCUUCGCGUUUUGCAAUAAUAUCACCGACAUGAACGCACCUGCAAACAUCACUGCGGUUGACAUGCAGCUUUCGAAUUAUACCAAUGGAUCGGCUUGGACUGGUCUCGGGGCAUAUGCUAAUUAUGUCAAGCGAGUGAUUCUGCCCACAUGCCCAAGUGCAGAUCUGAUUGAUACGACGACCACUGGUUGCUUCUCUACGCAAAAUCAGACCUUCUAUGCCGAUGUCUCCAACUCCGCGUUCCGAUCGUAUCUUUAUAGCACUUGCACCGAGCAAGGCGCUUAUCAGGUCCCUCAGCCAUACGGCACUCCUUCUUUGUUAUCGAGAGCAAUUGACCUUAACUACACGCAACAAUGGUGUACAUGGGCGUUUCCCAAGGGUCCACUAUCGCCGCAAGCUGUACCAUCACCUCACGGUCCAAAUCUGACCUGGUACAAUAAGUACGGAGAUUUCGACAUUUCGUCUCCUAGACUAGCCUUGAUAGAUGGCGGCAGCGAUGUCUGGCGUGAUGUCUGUUAUCAUGGGCAUAAUGCUAGCACCCGGUAUGGCGAGCAUCAAAUGCUGAUAUCUGGAGGUGGACACCAUUGGGACUCUUACGGAAUCCUGAACGUCAGCGCAGAGCCAGACUUCAUACGAGCAGCUCAUCAAUGGGAGCUGAAACAAGUGAUGGGCUGGAUGAAGGAGUGGAACCAGACUCAAGACAUGAAGAGGAAGAGGGACGAAUUGUAG